AACUCAAACACACUCACAUUUUCAAUUUGAAUCAUCAUCACUUAGCAAUUAUCAAUAACAUUAAUUUCAUCAAAAUUAUGGGUAUCAAGAUUGUUAUGGUAUUAGCCAUUGUGGCUCUUGUGGGUGCAACUAUGCCAAUGAUGACUGAAUCUGCCCUAAGCUGUGGCCAAGUGACAAGUUCACUUGGCCCUUGCUUGAAUUAUCUUAAGAACGGCGGAGCACCCGGAAAUGGGUGCUGCGCUGGAAUUAAGAGGUUAGUGGGAAUGGCACAGACCACCCCCGACCGCAGAACUGCUUGUAAUUGCUUGAAAUCCGCCGCCGCAAAAGUUCCCGGAAUUAGCCAGAAUUUUGCUUCUUCUCUCCCUUCCAAGUGUGGUGCCAAUAUUCCUUACAAGAUCAGCCCUUCCACCAACUGCAACAGCAUCAAGUGAUCAACAGUGGAGAUCUGGUGAUGGGGAAGAGUAGCAAAUAUAUAUUAUAAUUAAGAAUAAAAAUUACUUAAAAAUAUAGUAAUUAAUUAAGUCUGAUGUGUCUUCACUUUUGUUGAGCCAGUACUCAUUAAUUAUUAUGAUCAGACUAUAUAUUAUAUUUUAAUGGACUGUUUUUUUAAUUUUAAUUUUAGGGUCAGUUUUGUGUUGGUCUGCAAACAAUUAUUGUGCAGCAGAUUUCAGAAAAUUGUUCUAAAUUUGAAUAUUUAUAUUUAUAUAUAUAUGGUUUUUAUAUUA